AUUUGUCCCGUUCGUGCGGGGCAGCGAGUCAUGUCGUUCCCGAAGGCGCCGCUCAAGCGCUUCAAUGAGGCACUGACUUGUGCCCCCCCACCAGGCUCUUAUGAUAUCCCACCUUCAGACCCUUCAAAAGGACAUGUGUCCUUUGACAAGUCUCAGCGGUUCAGCAUGCAGACAGGAGAUGCAGGAGGUCAGCAGAAUCCAAACAGCACGAAGCCACCUUCCCCACCAACUGGAAGAAAAUUCCAGUCUCUCGGCCCAAGGUCAAACAGUUUUGGAACGAAGUCUAAAGAAGAUCAGGCUAUCGUAAAAGGCUUGAGAAAACAAAAGGAGUUAGAAAAAGAGAUUCGGGUACUAAUUGGAGAACGAGGUCAGCAGGAUAAAAAGUUGCAAAGUCUUGAGAAAGAUCUGGCAAAAUCUGAAUCAAAACUGUCCGCUGUCAUUCGUGAGAAAACCUCUCUUUUGGCAAAUGUUGCUUCCCUGGAAAAGCAGCUUCUGGAGUUGAGUAAGACCAAUGAAUUGCUCAAAACAAAGUGUUUUGAAGAUGGCCCACAGAUGAUGAGCAGUCUAUAUGCGGAGUUAAUGAAACUCAGGAAACAGAUGAAUGCAAAGAAGGUUGCUCUUAUAAAGAAGGAAAAUAUGCACAGUAAACCAAACACAGUCCCAAGAACACUGGAUCAUUCAAAAGAGAAAGUACCACAGCUGGAAGAACAAUUAAUAGCAACUGAGGUGCACGCUGAAGAGAAAUGUGACUCAGAAAAUCUCUUGGAAUAUAUUGCAGAACUUGGCCUUGUUGCAGAACAAGUUGAAGAUAAAUACAAGCAGGAAGUUGCCCAAUUAGAGGAAAUAAUAGAAGCCAAGAAUAAAGACAUUGAAACAUUGCAAACUACUCUUCAACAGAAAGAAUCAAUGCUGUCAACACAAAUUGAAGAGCUGUGGGAGAAGUGCCAGAUGUGUAAGCAGCAAAAAGAGAAAUGUUGCAUUGAAUAUGGAGAAAAGAAACAAACUCUAAAUGCUGAAAUAAAAAGCCUGAAAGAGAAACUGAAUCUAGAAGAACAGGAACACCAAAAGCAGAAGGAAGCCUGGAAGGAGGCCUUUGCUUCUGAGCAUCAGAAGCUGCUUGAAUUCCAAGAAGAGAUGACAGAAGAAAGAGAAAUUCUGCGCAGAGAACUGAAAGAAACCAUGGAUGAGUUGGAGAGACUGCACACCAAAGAAAGCAAAGUUGAUGAACUGCUGAAGCGCUUGGAACAAGAGAAUGAAUCCCAAGCUGAGGAGCUAGCAUGGCUGGAAGAAAAACUGAAAGGGAAAAGUGCAGAGUUGGAGAAAAUGGCUGAAUUACACAGCAGUGAUAUUGUGAAGAUGCAAGGAGAGCACAGCAUUACCCAGUGUAAACUAAAAGAGACCACUGCUGAGUUUGAAACUUACAAAGUUUGUGUAGGGGAAGAAAUUGCAUGCCUCAGGCGAGAGAAGACUACCCUCCAGGACAAACUACUCGAGAUGAGCAAAACAACUGAACACAUGACUGAGGUGAUGCAAGGAGUACAGCAGGCUAAAGAAAAGGCCAAAGAAGACCGUGCAAGGAUGCUCCUGGAUGCUGAGGCAAAAAUAGCUUUAAAAAAUGAAGAAAUAAAAAGGAUCAAGGAUUCAAGUGCUGUACAGGUUGCUAAUCUUCAAGCAAAACUAGAAGAACAAAGUAAAUACUUAACCAAGCAACUUGAGAUGGAAAGGAAAACUAUUGCAGAAAAAGUAGAAUCAGAUUACAGAGAGCAGAUAGAAACUUGGCAUGCCCUAUAUGAAGAGCUGUAUAAUAAAGUAAAACCAUUUCAGAAACAACUUGAUGCUUAUGAGGCUGAAAAGAAUGCCCUUCUGAAUGAACAAGGUGUAGCCCAAGAAGAACUGAACAAAAUUAGUGAUGCAUAUGCUAAGCUGCUGGGCCAUCAGAAUCAGAAGCAGAAAAUCAAACAUGUAAUGAAGCUGAAAGAAGAGAAUACCCAGUUGAAGCAGGAGGUAUCAAGGCUGCGUGCUCAGAUAGCGAAGGAAAAAAAAGCUCGAGGAGAUCUCCAGGAGCAAAUGAAUGCGAUUCAGGGUAUCAAACGAUUUGAUCCUUCUAAAGCUUUUCAACACUCUGCCAAGGAAAAUGUUGCCCCCAAAACACCUUUUAAAGAAAGUAACAGAAACAAAAACCAAACUGGUCUCGACAGAAUGGGAAUAAACUCAGAUGUUGAAGUAUGAAGGGCUCUACUUAGAAAAUAACAGGCGUGCCCUACAGAACUGUGUGUACACCUGUAGUUUUUUAAAAUGCAAUUAUGUGGUUGUGAUUGGGAAGUUCUUUUUAAAUAACUAUUGAAACA